ACCGUCUCACCCUCUAUCCUAUUUCUGCAGUGCACUCCGGGUGAUGUGAUUGUACCAAUCUGCUUGGCUCUCGGUCUGGGAAUCGUUCAUUCUCAAAUAACCGCAUCACACGCUGGCGCAGGACAUACCGCAUCCCUUUCGACUACGACGCCGAAUACAUUAAUGGCCACCAGUAGCACGAACACAAUGAUAUCAACGACCAUGCCAGUGUCAACCGGUCGCCUCUUUUCAUCGCCCUCUCUCGUGUCCACUAUCACCGCGGCCGGAUUUGGCUGCCAGAAUGAGCUCAGGCCGCCAAAACACAACUUAGGCUCCCAGUUGCAAAGCCAUUAUCACAAUCACUGCCAAGCACGCCAAGACUCUCAAAGGCAUCUUCAAUCGUUGUCGGAUGUUUCCUAUCUACAUGAGCCUAUUGCGAAAGACUCCAUUAGCACAGGCACCAGUAGCCUUAUCCCGCCUCUUCUAAGCUCACCUUCAUUGGAUAUCCCAGUUUCAAAUACCCUUCUCCCUAUACUUGUUCCUUCUGACACCCCUGCUUCAACUUCCCCUCUCUCUGUGCAUUUGCUGAAAUGGCGCUGUUCUUUGACUCCGCCAUUACGGACUUCGAUCUCCAAGACAGAUCGGCUUUUGACAAACGAGUCAGUGGAGGACUUACAAACCUCGCAGGUAGACAGUUGCAGGCAAAUAAAUAAUAUAAAUGCAGACUUGGAUGAUCGAGAGGCUUUAUGUUGUGCUAGAACAAAGUCCGAUCGCAUUAUAUGUUCCCGGAAGGCUGAUUUGUUGAAAGCCAACCUUGAUCAGACUCAAUCUUCAACCACUUGGUGA